UGACAACAGCUUCAUACAAUAGGUUUCAGCGAGAUUCAGCUAGCAAUAUUGAUCACGAUCUCGAAGUAAAUACAGUGCAUGUAGAACCAUUCACAAGGAAAACAGACCUGUCUUCUGUCGGAAUACAGUGUAUACUACAAGCAAGAACUGAUUUUUAAACUCAACUGGGCAUAAAAUACAAGGAAAAAUGUACAAACUGGACUUACCCAUUGACCUCAAAGAGAAUGCUGCCAUCGAAAGGCGCCGCAAUCUUGAAUUGGAGAGACAGAGCAGAAUUUUCAACGCAAAAGUCAGGACGAUUGGCGUUGAUGUCCAGGUAUUAAAGGAACAAGUACAUGACCGAGAUUUACAGGAGCAAAGGGAAAAUGACAGAGAAGAGGCGUUUGCCUCUGAUAUGAUCCGCAAUGAUAAGAUUUCUGAGCUUCUCCAAAGGCGCCAGGAACAAGACAUCCGCAACCUCAACUCUGCUAUGAACGAAUUCAGGGAUCUUCACCAGCAACCAGAAGGCAGGCGAGAAUGGGAUCUAUAUGACCCUGAGGCCAAGAAGAAAGACAAACCUGCCAGGGUGUCUGACGAUGACCCUCGCUGCGGCCCAUCCAGCAUCCAGAAGUUUGAUGGGGAAGACUUGGGAGGGAAGGAGCGAAAGAAACUGAUGGAGGAACAGAUGAGGGAGUGGAGUACCAAACAAGCCAAGGAGAAAGCCCUACAGAAGAAACGACAAGAGGAAGCAGACAGGCUGUAUGAUCUACAUAGGAGAGAGAUGGACCAGAGAGCAUGUGAACUAGCAGCAGCGGAAGAAGAAUGUAGAAGAGCCAUCAAUUUAUCAACUAAGGACUAUAACAAAUCGCUGGCUGAUGAACAAGCAGAGAAAGACCGCCUGAGACGUGAGCAAGAACUUGAUGACAACUUCACAGAGCUGGCCAAUCACAUCAACGGUGACAUGCUGACAGAGAAUCCUGAUGUAGCAAGCAGCGCAUUUGGUCCACACCGUGUUAUCACCGACCGCUGGAAGGGCAUGUCACCCGAACAGCUUGAAGACAUCCGCCGUACGCAAGAGCUCCAAAGGCAGGAGAAGGAGCGCAUCAAAUCUGACGAAGCAGAGAGGGAUAGAGAAUGGGAGGCACAGAGGAUCGCUGAUGCUAGGGCAGGUAUCCUCAUGGAUAGAGAGCAGGAGAGACUAAGGAAAGAGCUAGAACGACAACAAAUCGCAUCAAACUCAAGGCUUGCUGAGGAGCAGAAUGCACACCAAAACUUCAUGGACAAAGAAGUUUACACAAAUCCACCCACAGCAGCCUACUUUCAGCAGUUCAACAAGACAAGUCGAUAAAGUGCUGCAAUUACUGUGGAUAAGUUACCUGCUGCCUUCUUUUUGUCUGCUAGAAUUCAUCCAGUGGACAUUCCUCCCUCAGCUCAAAGAGAUUUUUCUGGCAGAAGAGUUUUGAGGACACCUCCCCCCCCCCCCCCCCCCCCCCCCCCCCCUUCAAUCCAUUACUUCAGUAAGGCUAUAUAUUAUGUAGUGGACAAUAGACAUAAAGCAUUAGUUAUCUUCCAAUAGCUGCAUUGUUCAAAAACUUCAUCAGCUACUCAUUACAUGAAAUGAAAUCUGAAAGAGCUGUAUGGGAAGGAUUUUAGAAACUCAAUCAAGUCUUGCAACUACUGUUCAUUCCCCCCCCCCCCCAAAGAUAAG